UUGACAAAUAAAAAGAUUGGUGUGGCAUAGGGUACCUAAUGGAAUAAGUAUAAUAUCUCUUUUCAGUUGCUGCAAAGAUUGGGUCAGGCUUGAGUGUUUGUUCCAUCGGUUCCAAAUUCUCUCCUCACUUGCAUGCCUUAUAAAACCAGUCUCUGCAUACCAUCUUGGCAUGAGUAGUCAUAGUUUGUUAGAGCAGCUAAAGGUCAUCUGACUCCCCAAGAAUAUAGCUCCAACGUGCGAUGAACAUCCCUUAGUUUACCAAACUAGAGGGCUGAUAAGCUGCAACUGACGGUGACGGUUCCCAUCAGGACUGUGCAGUCUACACCAGAUAUCAGUGAAUACAGAAUUGUCAGAGAUGUAUCAUCAUCAACAACAGCUCCAGAGCCACAGCCAUUUCCUGUCUUCCAGACAGAGUUUCCCUCAGGAGAGGCACUUGCUUUUGCAGGGAGGAAGUAUUCCAGCAGAACCGGGGCUCGUGCUUUCUACUGAUGCUAAGCCUAGGUUAAAAUGGACACCUGAACUACAUGAACGGUUUGUGGAGGCGGUAAAUCAACUUGGUGGACCUGAUAAAGCUACUCCAAAGACAAUCAUGAGACUCAUGGGUGUUCCUGGACUAACGCUAUAUCACCUUAAGAGUCAUCUUCAGAAAUACAGACUAAGCAAAAAUGUCCAUGCUCAAGCUAACGGUGGAAGUGCAAAAAAUGUGGUUAGCUGCACCAUGGCAAUGGGGAAACAACCGGAAGGAAAUGGAUCGUCAGUCAGCCACCUAACCCAGACAAACAAAUCUGUGCACAUAGGUGAAGCCCUUCAGAUGCAAAUUGAAGUACAGCGGCGGCUACAUGAGCAACUAGAGGUACAAAGGCACUUGCAACUCCGGAUUGAAGCACAAGGAAAGUAUCUACAAUCGGUGCUGGAAAAGGCGCAGGAGACACUUGCAAAGCAAAAUGCAGGCUCAGUUGGUCUAGAAACUGCAAAGAUGCAACUGUCAGAAUUAGUCUCAAAGGUAUCAACAGAAUGCCUCCAGCAUGCCUUUACAGGCUUCGAGGAGAUUGAAGGUUCACAAAUGCUACAAGGACACGCCAUGCAACUUGGUGAUGGAUCAGUUGAUAGCUGCUUAACUGCAUGUGAGGGCUCACAUAAAGAUCAAGAUAUCCUAUCAAUUAGCCUUUCUGCUCACAAAGGAAAGGAGAUAGGAGGUAUGACGUUUGCUACGCAAGUGAAAGAAACAGGAAGCGAGGAUUUGUUUCUCGACAAACUGAGCAGGACGCCUCCAAGUCACCAAGAAAGGCGUGAGGGGAGAGACAGCUUUAGUAUGCCAUGCCAGACAGCAAAUUUGGAUUUGAAUAUCAAUGACACAAAUGACGGGCCACAGAACUGCAAGAAAUUUGACUUGAAUGGGUUCAGCUGGGCCUAGGAAGUUGCCAUUGAUUCAGACUUGGAUUGGUCUGCCAAGCAAAUAGCAGCGAGAACAAGUGAAACGUAAUGAUUCUUCCAAAGAUCAGAGACAUUGUCAUAUAUAAAAAUUGCUACAACUUUGUGAUCCUCGGACCAACGGUGCUCUCGGCCAUCACAAUUCAGUGAAAUAAGUGAUGAAGUCGACAAUAAGUAGGCCAUGUAGAUUGGUAGAGGCUAUUACAGAACUCGGUGUUCUCCUCCUACGCUUUAUUGUGACUCUGUACAAUAGAAAUACAACGAUUUUUGUUGCAA